AUGGAGUCAUCUGUAUUGCGGACGCUUGUCCUCUUCUUCGGCCUCCUCGCCCUGAUCGAAGCCUCCCCCGUCGAGAAGCGCGGCAACAUCCAGAAGAGAUCCUUCCUCGUUCCCAGAGUGCCGAACGAGAACUUCCAGGGCCACAAUGGACCCAGGCAACUGAUCAAGGCGUACCGGAAGUUCAGCAUGCCCAUCCCCCCGGGCCUGGCCGCCGCCAUGGACGCCAUGGACGCCCAGAACGCCGCCAACGCCCCGGCCGAGAAGGCCGAGGGCUUUAAGUCUCUCGCCGCCGGCGCCAGCAACGUGACCGCCGCCCCUGGCCAGCCCGGAACCGGUCUCGUCACCGCCACCCCGAUCCGCAACGACGUCGAGUACGUUUCGCCCAUCAAGAUCGGUGGCCAGGAGGUCAACGUCGACUUCGAUUCCGGCUCCUCCGACCUCUGGGUCUUCACCUCCAUGCUCGACGCCACGUCCCAGCAGGGCCACCAGCUCUACGACCCCUCCAAGAGUCAGACCGCCGCCAUGCUCCAGGGUAACUCCUUCAGCAUCCGCUACGGUGACGGCUCUGGUGCUCAGGGUGUUGUCGGUACUGACCGCGUCGACAUCGGUGGCGCCGUCGUCGAGAAGCAGGCUAUCGAGAUGGCCACCGCCGUCUCGCAACAGUUCGUCCAGGACACUGCCAACAACGGUCUCUUGGGUCUCGCCUUCUCCAAGCUCAACACUGUCAAGCCCCAGGCCCAGAAGACCUUCUUCGACAACGUCAUGCCCAGCCUCGCUGAGCCCGUCUUCACCGCCGACCUCCGCAAGAAGUCCGUCGGCGCCUACGAGUUCGGCCGCAUCGACACCACCAAGUUCACCGGCCAGAUGACCUGGAUCCCCGUCAACACCACCAGCGGUUUCUGGCAGUUCCCCUCCGAGAAGUUCGCCGUCGGCGGCGGCCAGGUCCAGCAGGGCACCGCCGGUGCUCAGGCCAUCGCUGAUACCGGAACCACCCUCAUCCUCGCCAACCCUCCCAUGGUCCAGGCCUACUACGAGCAGGUCCAGGGCGCCAAGAACGACCAGACCGUCGGUGGUGUCACCUUCCCCUGCAACGCCCAGCUGCCCGAUCUCAUGAUGGACAUUGGCGGUGUUUACAUGGCCCGUGUCAAGGGUAGCGACAUCAACUUCGCUCAGGUCGACGCUCAAACUUGCUUCGGUGGACUCCAGGCGACCACCUCCAGACUCCAGAUCUACGGAGACAUCAUGUUCAAGUCGCAAUUCGUGGCCUUCAACGGCGGCAACAUGUCCCUCGGCAUGGCGGAGCACAUUGUCAACAGCCAACAAGCGGGUGCCGCGCCCGCCGCACCUGGCGCAGCGGCGUAA